AUGAGUCAGUUCCUCAUCAGCUUGCAUGGGACAGCUGCUAAAACCUUAAAGUACUGGAGCGGUGUGCAAUGCCAGACACGAGGCUUGUUCGGUCAGUGCCGGACAGGAGGUUUGGCAGUUACAAAACAAGCGCUGAAGCCUGGUCUGUCCAACCCAUUCUGGGUACCAUCGGCUGGAUAUGUUGUAUAUCCUAAUGAUCUUGUUUUUGACACGGAAAUCUCAGGCGGUAUUACUUCUGCGAAGGUCAUUACCAUAAAAGGAAUUCCUCAAACUGGCUGCAAAACCAUAAUCGUCACCAUUGAAACAACCCGAGAAGAGCAUGCCGAUAUUCUUUUCCAUAUGAAAGCCAGUUUAGAAGAGAAGGUAUUGUAUAUCAACAAAAGGAUUGAUGGGCAAUUCGAUGACCCAAAAGUGCACAAAACCCGCUUCCCAUUUAGUGUGGGCGAGCCUUUCACUCUGUCUAUUCAUCUUUCACCGGAGAAUUUCAAAUUGGUGAUCAACAAUGUUAGCAUUGAUACCCUCAAGCACAACAUAAAUCAUCACUUACGCGCGCACCAGUUCAGUUACUUAAGAGUUGUCGGACAACUUGACGUUUCGCAGUACUUACUUGAACAAAACUGAACUACAAAUGACUUCAACUUGUUACAUUCAGAAAGAAGAAGUCAAGUUCAACGUGAAUAAUUCAAGUGAAAUGAACAAGCCAAGUUGAAUUGGACCAGUUUGAGUUAAAAGUGAACGUGUUAAGUUAAACCUGAACUGUUCAAAUGUUGAAUUAAUUUUAAAAUCGUUUUACGCGUAGAUUUUUAAAAAAUCUUUUUAUAACCAUUAAAAAACUUAGUUGG